CCUGGUCCUCGUGAUGUCUGGUGUUUCAUUAGAUGCCAUUAAAUUGCCUCAUUACUGCCCUAUAAAAAGUCUCCCCAACUACCAGUUCCUCAGAUCCUUGCCUUCUUCCAGUCUUGCUUCUUCCAGGAGAGAAGAUUUCACCAAGCCACAACAAGAUGUGUGACCAGCAGAAGCAGCCACAGUUUGCUCCAUCUUGUGUCAAAGGUUCAGGAUUGGGGGCUGCGCAAGGUGGCAAUAGUGCUGCUAUGACAGGCCCUGCUUCCUCUCAGGCUCAGACCUUUGUGAAAUACUCAGCUCCAAGCCCAGCCCAAACCUAUGUGAUGGGACCAGCUCCCAGCCAGAUGAAAACCUAUGUGAACGUCCCAGCUCCCUGCCAGACGUAUGUGAAGUGCCCAGCUCCAUGCCAGACCACCUACGUGAAAUACGCAGUACCUUGCCAGACAUAUGUGAAGUGCCCAGCUCCAAGCCAGACCACUUAUGUGAAAUGCCCAACCCCCUGCCAGACAUAUGUGAAGUGCCCAGCUCCAUGUCAGACGACUUAUGUGAAAUGUCCAGCUCCCUGCCAAACCCAGACAUAUUAUGUCCAGUCUUCUCCUUCCCAGACCUAUUACACUCAAGGCCCUGCAAGUGGCUCGUCCUCCCAGGGCUGUGCCCCUGACCCAUGCUCUGCUCCCUGUUCUACCAGUUACUGCUGUCUGGCUCCCCGGACCUUCGGGGUAAGUCCCCUGAGACGCUGGAUCCAGCAUCCUCAGGGCUGCAACACAGGAUCUUCUGGCUGCUGUGGAGAUUCUGGGUGCUGCAGCUCCGGAUGUUCCAGUUCUGGGUGCUGUGGCUCUGGGUGCUGCUGUUUGGGAAUCAUUCCCAUGAGGUCCCGAGGCCCUGCAUGUUGUGACCGUGAGGAUGACUGCUGCUGUUAAAUACAAAAAGAUGGGCCUGUUCCAGAAUUUACAGCCUUGCUAUACCUUCUGAAACACUCACCAGCCUCUGGUCCCUUCCCUGGAUAUCUCAGUGAUGUGGAACCUCAUCACUUCACCUCCAUACUUUGCUUCUUUAUCAAGGCAGCCUGCCAAAGUUAGUGCAAACCCCAAACUUUGGCAAGAAUAAAACCGUGAAUGCAAUGA